AUGCAGGCGGGAUUCCGCGGUUCCGCAGGUCCGCGGUCCCCGCACCUGCCUUGGCGGUGCCCUCCGCCUCCCGCCCGCGGGUUUCGCCCGCCCCCGGGUACCGCGGGGCAGGGCAGCGGCGCAACCUUCCCCGAUCUUUACGGGCCAUUUCGUGGUUUUUACUCAUUUUACACGUUCUUAAGCGCUGAUUUAAACCCCCCGCUGACAGAGCGGCAGGAAGAGAAGGAGCGGCCUUCCAGCGAGACGGGAGGCCGGAGGUCCGUCCGUCGGGGCGGGAGCACCGGCUACUGGGGGUCCACACGGCACCCCUCCUCUCCCCCACCCCAAAUCCCAGCUGCCACCGCACCCCGCCCCGCGUCUCCCCAUGUCCGCCGGCCCAGUCCCCGCCAGGGUAAUUUUUGGGACUCCCCUUCGGGUGAAAAGCCGCCUAAUUUGGUCAGAGCCUCUCCUCGCCACCGGCCAGCGAUGGGCAGCGCUCCCGCCCUGGCGGCAGGGUCCGGCUUCCCGGGGGCCACCUACGAUAGCACUGCCCACCAUAAGAGGGAAAUAAGCGGCGCAGCGGGCGAGAAGAGAAGGAACCUAAGUCCCGGACCCCGGGGAUGCCCCGGGCAUGCCCCGACCGCCCUUCGGUGCCGGCCCUGCCGCAGGGCGCUCCGCCAGCGCCGCCGGACGAGGCGCAUCCAUCCGCCGAGCGGCGCACCCGCGGAACGGCCACGCAGAGCAGCGUGGUACCCGCGCGCCCCCUACCGCUACCCCCGCGUCUCCGCCUCCCCGGCGCCUCCCGUGGGCCGCAGGGGCUUCUCCGCUUGGCUGCUCGGGUCGCCUUCUCCCGUUUGUGGGGCUACCCAGCCAUGUCUGGGGCCCGCCCUGCCUGUCUGCCCUUCUCGUUCAAGGCUCUGGAUCCGGCCUCCUGGAGGCGAGCCCCACGUUUCCCCGUCCUCCAGGGACACAGCAUCUCCCCCACGCUCCCCCCGGUGGUGGCUCUGGAGCUGGGCCUUGAAUAUGGGGGUAUGUCCUGUCCUUUGA